AUGACUAUUCAAGUAGGAGUACCAUUUGAUGUUACCUUGUGGAAGGCUGCUGUCAUCAAGGAAGAUGAGAGUUUAUUCACUUACAAUUAUAAACAACAAUUCACAGGAACAUGUCCAAUUCCACAAAAGACAACAUCUAAAGAUUUGUUUGAGAAUAAGAAAGUAGUCUUGUUCGCUUUGCCAGGUACUUGCAGUGGAAAUCAUUUACCAGGAUAUGUUGAACAUGCUGGUGAAAUCAAAUCAAAGGGUAUCGAUAGUAUCAUCUGUCUUUCAACCAACGACAGUUUUGUCAUGAGCUACUGGGCAAAGGACCGUAAUGUUGGUGAUGCUGUCCAAUUGAUUGCCGAUGGUAACAGUGAGUUCACACAAAAAGUUGGACUCAUCAUGGACGGUUCUGCUUUCGGUAUGGGUGCUCUCCGUUCAAAGCGUUACGCUGCCAUCAUUGACAACGGUGUCGUCAAAUACAUUGGAGUCGAAGAGCCAGGUAAAUUUGAAUUGUCAGCUGCCGAUAACAUUUUGAAGCAACUUUAA